UGUACGAUAAACUACUGCCGAAUGACCGUGCCGAGGUCCUGGGCCAGUGUUGUGAGAUAGGGUGGAAACAUACAGCCAUUGCCUUGUAUCUGAAAGGAGAGCAUUAGUUCAUAAAUUUACCAGUUUUAUCCUAAUAUUUGAGAAUGGAUUUAUUUCAGUAUCAAAGUAACCACUUUAUUGGAGAAUGGGGACGUUCUGCUCAAACCUUACUAAGGUAGAAGUUAACAGUUUAAUUUCUGACAGCAAAAAAGUGCAUAAACUUAUAAUGAAAAUAUCAGAUGCUGUAUGGCAGAUGCCAUGGAUUUUAUUUACAGAGGAGUUUUUUCUACAGCUUAGGUAAUUCGUUAGCUCUGUCAUGGAAAGAUAAUUUCCUCAGUAGAAGAGGGAAAAUCAAUCAGCUAAACCAUUCUUUCAUUAAUGUCUGUGUUCAUUCUUCCUGAGAGGGAAUGAAAGAUAAGAUAAACCAUCAUUCAUUUCAACACAGCUCCCGAAUGGCCACCAGAUAACAAAAGCUUUCCACUUCAGAAAGUCUCUGCGAAUCGUCGGGUUUGCAGCCUGAUGAUGAACAUGCCAGUGGAACCAUCUCCUGCCAGGUUUAGCUCUCUGUGGUCUGUUCUAGACUUAAGAUUCUGAAGUCAUGGAAGGUCUCUGCUGCAACUGGAAGUUUUUGAUCGCUUAAAAACAGUCCUCGGAUAACAGUCAAAAACCACUGAUCUGAAGGACCAGAGGGACCAGACAUUCAGCUUCUGUAGGAAGCACCACUGAACAUGGUGCUGUUUGAACAGGGGCAGCACCCCAGAAGCACACACUUCCUCGUCAUGUGGGAAAACGUGAGGGAUGCACACCUGGAAUUGCUCAGAGAAAAGCAUGUGCAGUGCUGAUUCAGAGCCUUAUGUCAGCUAGCCUGGGACAGCCGUGUUCUUGGAGCUGUUUUCCAAAGCAUGCUGGUGAGCAGAAGCCACAAACUACAACGUCCUGCACCUGCAGCAGAUAGAAACCAAGGUUCUGUCUGUUUUCUCUGUGAGUUUCAGGUAAGCUGUACUUGAAACAAAAUUGGGAAAGGGCAAAUACACAGAUAAAAGUAAUUCAUUACCACUUGUCCAGAAUUUUCUCAGCUGUUUCAUCCCUGAAACAGCUGAAAUUAGGAUCUAUCUGGAAAAAAAAAAAAGAAGGCACUAUCCCUUAAUUUGCCACAAGAUGUCACUGUGCUCUGUGAAGAUGGGAACACCAGGACUACAGCUCAUCUCUCAGCCCCUUCAAAACUUGCAAUGCCCAGUGUUUUAAAGUACAUUUUCCCAUGAAGCAUUACAGAUCAACACCAGGUCAAAUUCUGGGAUUUGUGUCGGUGACAUCACCAAGUGAGAUUACAAGGACUCCCGAUUUCAAGACUGUUUCAAUGAGAGCUGGAUUCCCCUUUGGGAUCCAGGACUGGAAAAAGACAGGUAAGGAUCUGUUGGUACAGACACACCCUGUGCAUAGCAGCCCUGUGCAUAAACUCUGAGCUCAGUGUAAUGAAUGUGCAGCAAUCCAUUAUUUUGAUUUUAGACUAGUUGCAAGGGAAACAUAAUGAACCUAAAGGUACUUAGCCCAAUUAUUUCUAAUAAUAAUAAUAAUAAAAAGACAGCAUACCAAAUUUGCCCCAGAUGUACAGCAAUAAAUCCAUUUACAUCCACAGAGAAACGUUAUUGCCUCUGCUGCCCACAGCCUUCCUGCAUACAGAAGUCACAAUGGGGAGUUUCCUGUGGGAGAGCAGCACACUGGCAUGUCAGGAGCAGAGGUGUAAGCAGGUGCUUGGGGUGCUGGGUCUUCAGAUUGUGGGUAUGCUGAGCAUGGCCGCCGUGCGGCGCUCAAAGGCUCUCCUCUCAGGGGAAAGGCCUUGAAUUACAGCUUGUUUUCCAGGUUAAUUCACCAGGAAAUGGCAAAAAAGCAGAAAUGCUUCUUGUCUGAUCAGAAACCACACCUGGGUACAGUUUCCUGCAAACGGCAAACUAGCAGUUGUGAAUCAAUGAUGCAUUAUAUGUGCCUAAGUCCAUAAUGCUUUGUGGCAUGCCACUGAAAAGGAAAAAGGCUGAAGCCAUGAAAUACAGCUCCUCUCUGACUCGACCAAACCUGUGCAGCCAUACCCAGUUACUCUGUUUUUCAGCUACUUCCACAGAGAAAUGGGGACAAAGACACCUCAGUGGUAAAGCACUCUACUAUUCCUGGAGUGUACCUGGAGCACCGAGGGCAACGCACCCUUACUGCAGAGCAGAUGAGACUGCAGUAUCUGUCCCUGAGAACAGCGGCUGCCUGCCUGCUUCUGGAGCGCUGCGGGUCAUGCUGCUCACUCCAUCCGCAGCGACGGCAAGUGCUCGUUCUGUCUUGUGGUCUGACUAUGUACCCAGGAUAGAUGGCCUGACUGUAAAGUGUCACACCAAAAAGAUGAUCCUUUGGACAUCAGCUGAGACAAACAGCUCUGCAAAGCAAGAGGAGGAGUCCGGCUCUGGCCAGCAUUGCCCUGCUCAGAACACUGGAGCUGCUCCUGCCAUCCCCUGCCUUCUGCUCCCCAAGGAACUGCAGCUCUGGGACAGGCUCCCUUGGCACGAGCGUGCAGGAAUCUGGCAAGGAAGCCCUGUCUGUACAGGCAGAGGAUGUUGCAGAGGCAGCAAGCUGGGAGCAGGGAAGGAAGGCAGUGCUUCCUGCUGCCUGUUAGCAAACUUGGAGGAAGGAAAUCAUCCUGCCUCAUCAUGCUAAAUCAGCUAGAGAAUCCCUCAAACUCAAUCACAGUAAAUUCAUUGCUCUACCUUUUUUAAGCAGAAGGAACUCAAGUUUGUCUAGGAAAGAGAAGCAGUGAUUUUGUAUACAGGUGUGCAAAGCACUUCCUGAACUUCAGUCCUCCAUACUGCAACUUCCUAAUCUGCUCAGGGAAGCUGUGAAAGUAACCUGAGAACUUAUCUGUCCUUGUUUUGUUUCCCUUUAUCAAGCACUCUUGAUCCAUUUUCACCUCCGUAUGUUACAUAAGUAUUUUUAUUACACCCAGUAAAAUUCUCCAGCUGAAAAUUACUUUCUUUUAAGCUGAAUGACUGCUAUGUUCCAUUUGUUAACUGAUGAAAUUCAGCUACAUCCAGUGUGGUGAUCACCCUGUAUAGCACAGUUUAAACAAUGGCCCGUCUUCCGCAGAAUCACCAUAUCCCCUAAGCUAAAGCCACUGACCUGGAGCGGAACGUCCCAAUUCAGUCACUUGCAUCUUGUCCAGAAGCUGUCAGUUCCACAGGCAGUUUUUGAAAUAGCAGUAUUUUCAUGAACUAACCACUUCUAACCAGAGUCUGUUGUUUUAAACGCUUAUUAGUAGAUUAUGUUGUCUUACAGCACUUAGACAAAUUUACACAAAUGACAGCUUACACAGAUUUAAAGUUGUCAUCCCCAAGGGGCAGCUCUACACACAAGUUAUUAGCAGCAAUGUUAAAUUACAAAAACACUUGUAAAAGUUUUGUUAAAUAAUGUUACACUGGAAUUUGCUCAAACCAAUGUAUAUAAUGAAGUCAUACAGACUAGAGUAAAUUAAAACAAGAACAAAACCAACAAAACAAAACCUUAGAAAGGAAAAACAUACAAAAAAGGUUGCUGGUGUUAGGCUGAAUUCUCAGCCUGUUUCAUUACUAUUAUUAUUACUAUGCAUCAAGGAAUUUCCAGGCAAAUUUCUCUCUCUUUUGUGUUUAUAAUUCCAACCAUUACUUUCUUAAUUCUCAUAUUCUUUACUAAGAUUUUCCCUCUUAAAAC